UUUAAGUAAAUGUCGUUCCCCGACGUAUCCGUUCGAGCUCCACGCCUCAUGGAACGUUUUCUUCUCGCUCCCUCUCUUCCUAUCAAGCGUUGCCCCACAAACAAAACCAUUUUCUGGUUUCAUCAAAACCCAAACUACUCUAGCUCCAUUUCCCCCCUUUUUGGUGCUUCAUGGUCAUAAAUUCCCUUGAUGCUCAAUUCUUCCUUUCCCUACGAUGUAAUCUCCCCAGCAUAUGUUUCAUGCAUCCGGUGAAUCUCUGGACAUUCAUGUAGGGUUCUAACUCAUAAAUUCCAUUAUGGAACUAACGUGUAAAUUCAUUGCACGGGUUUCUCUUUAGAUUUUUAAUGACGGCAAAAUAUAAUCAGCUAAGUUUAUCUGCUGAUUCAUUUUAUUGCGGGAUCAAAUAGUCAUGUCAUCUUUUGAAUAUUCAUAUGAAGACAAUGUUGUGGUAGUUGUGCUCAGUUCAUAACCAUUUUGCUGCGGUAUGUUGAUAGCUGCAAAAUUGGCUUUGAAGCGAAGGGAAAAGGAUUUAUUUGUACCAGACAAGGAUUCAAGUGAGUAAUUAACACUUGAGGAAUCAUAGGCACUGGUUGAACAUGUGUGGGCAAGAACUCAAAAUGCUCUAGAGCAAUGAUGGUUAUAUGGAGCUAGCUAUAAUUAUUCUACCACCAUGAAUAAUGAGGCUCCAGGCACUCAAGGCCAGUGGCUUAAAGGUGUAGUAAUUGCCGGUUCAAAUGAUAGAAUCGUUUCAGACGACAAUGAAGACAAUGUAUGUUUGCAGACAGGUGAAGAGUUUUCAACUGAGUUCUAUCGUGAUCGGUUUGGUUUAAGGAGACUCCCUGUCACAACUGAUGCGGACAAUCACCAGCCAAAUAGAUUGGGUUUAGAUUAUAGUCAAAAUUAUCAGGUGGUUUAUGAUGAUCUUGCACGCGUUGUUGGCCUAAGGAGAAGGGAUUCUGAUAGUAAUUCAGAUUUGUCAGAUUUCGUUACAACGCCUUCAUACAUUGCUGAACCUGAAAGCAAGGCAUAUCCUAACAAUUUGAGCAAGUUCCAGUGGGAACAUGGUGGUAUUGGACAACGAUCUGGUAACUUUGCUGAAGAAAUUUAUUUGGAUCAAAUCUCUUCAGGACCAAUGGCAUCACCCAUUUAUGCUGUUGAAUCCCUUCAGUCAUGCCAUCCUCAUCCUUCAACAUUUUCAGAUGCUUCGUGUUUUAAGAAGAUAAAAUUUCUUUGUAGCUUUGGAGGGAGAAUAUUACCAAGGCCAAAUGACGGUAAGCUCAGAUAUGUCGGAGGAGAGACACGAAUUAUAUCCUUAAGGAAAAACAUUACUUGGAAGCAACUUAUGGAGAAGACUUGUGCAAUAUGGAACGUCACUCACAUUACCAAAUACCAGCUUCCUGGAGAGGAUCUGGAUGCUCUUAUUUCUGUUUGUUCUGAUGAGGAUCUUAAUCAUAUGAUAGAGGAGUAUGAGGAACUUGAAAGAAUUGGAGGCUCUCAACGAUUGCGGAUAUUUCUCAUAUCGUCAAGUGAAUCUGAGAACCCAAACUCUAUUGAAGCAAAAGUCAGUCUGCCAGGUGAUGUUGACUACCAGUACGUUGUUGCUGUAAAUGGCGUGCUGGAACCAAGUCCUCGGAAGAGCUCUAGUGGGCAAGGUUUGGUAAACCAGACGAGCCAGUUUGGAAAUACCUCUGAUUUCAAUAGUCCGAUAUUGUUUAAGGAAUCAGAUGCAUCUGCAUUUGCUUGGGAUGUCAAGGAUUGCAGUCUAAUGUCCCCACGUUUAGGAGGAUUGCUGAAUAAAGCUAGUUCUCAGCUUUUAACAGCACUUCAAGUGCCAGGAAAAUCAUUCAAUCAAUCACCACCUAGUCCUAUAUCUCGUAUUCGUGCUCAGCCUAAAGAUCAUCAGAUUUCCAACAUAGAGCUGAUUAUGGAUCAACCAUGCAAUGUUGGUAAUGAAGGCCUUGUUCCUUUUGUGAAGGAAAGGACUCAAUGUGAAAAUUCCUUGUAUAAAGAUGAUGCCCAUUAUGUUGAUCCAGCUGCAUACUACAAAAAUCUAGCCCAAGGGUCUCGCUUUCUGAAUCAUCAUCAUAAUAAUCAACAUAUAGUGGAGGUUGAUCAGCCCGAGAAUCUCAUCGAUGAUGUUCAAUGUCACGUGAGAAGGAACAGUGAAAACUUUGUUUCUUCUGCAACGUGUGGUCAAGGUGAUAUGAUGUUUGAGAGACCCCCACGACCAAAUGAGGGUUCAUUCCGUCUUGUUAAGAAUCUCUCUCAUCAUGAAGCAUCAUCAUUAGUAAUUUCAGUAUCUAAUGAUAGAGAUAGAGAGAGGCCUCCUUGUAGAUUGUUGCAUGCACUUUCUGACCCAUUAUUGCAGAAGCGCGAUGAGAGGUUUGAAGAUCAAUUGCAGCCCUCCCUUACAGUAAAGGGAAACAAGUCACCUUUAAUACAAGUUUCAAGUUCUUCCCGGGAAAGGCCAUUACAGGAGGGAGAGGUAAUUGAUGAAAAAAACCUGGUAGCUGAGCAUCAAUUUUUGCCCAGUUUUGGAAAGAUUGGAAGUUUCAAGGGGAUUUCGAGUCCUAAUCAAGGGAGUUUGCAACUUGCAGAUAAUGACAAUACCUGUUCUGGUGAAAUAGGAAGAUUUGGAGGCAAUAUUGAAGUUACAUCACAUGAAAAUGUCUUGCAUAUCAAAGAUUUAGAGGGCAUUGAUUACAAACAAGUUGGUUGCCAAUCUUCAGUAGAGUUACAAAGAAGUGAAUGCAGAUUACUUGCUUCUUCAUUACAGUCUGAAUCUACACGAAACCUGAAGGAGCAACCUCAUGGUCUACUACAAGACUUGGCUGCUUCUGAGCUUAUGAUAAGAAGCCAAAAUUCGACAAUGUAUCAGCAAGUUACUGUGUCAACAACAGAUAAUAGCAAGUCAUCUCACCUUGGUUCCUCUGAUUUACAGUUUAUUGACUCCCUAACGGACAUAGAGUCUACGCUACUAGUCACAAAUACAUAUAAAGGAUCAGCUUCCAGAGGGAAGAUUUUUCUCCCUGACAAGAAUCCUGCCAACUGUCCUCACCAGAAGAAUGACAAGAUUGUUUGUGACCAAGAUUAUUUUGUUAGGUAUAACAUUGAGUUAAGUGACCAGUCACGAAGCUCUGUAACUAGUCAAGAAAUCAAGCAGCUAAAUGCAGCAGCUAUUGUUGAAGGGCCAGCUGGUAGCAUCUCUUCAGGUGUAGAUGUAGAUGAAGAGGAUGAAUCUGAAGCUGUGUUUCGUAAAAAGGAAGAGAUAGAAAGUGGCUGUUCAGUAUCUCAAAAUGAGUUUGCAAAAGACGAUAAUAGAAACUUCAAUAAGCCAAUUGGACCAGCAACUGUUGAAAUAGAGGCCGAACUCUAUGGUUUGCAGAUUAUCAAGAACGUUGAUAUUGAAGAAUUGCAAGAGCUAGGAUCUGGAACAUUUGGAACUGUUUAUCAUGGAAAGUGGAGGGGAACAGAUGUUGCAAUCAAGAGGAUAAAAAGUAGUUGUUUUUCUGGCAGAUUAUCAGAACAAGAGCGGUUGAAAAGAGAUUUCUGGCGGGAGGCAAAAAUUCUGUCAACUCUUCACCAUCCAAAUGUGGUGGCCUUUUAUGGGGUAGUUCCAGAUGGCCCUGGUGGGACGUUGGCAACUCUAACAGAAUUUAUGGUACAUGGAUCACUGAGGAAUGUCCUCUUGAAGAAGGAAAAAGUUCUUGAUCGCCGAAAGCGGCUUAUGAUUGCAAUGGAUGCAGCCUUUGGCAUGGAAUAUCUGCAUUUUAAGAAUAUUGUCCAUUUUGAUUUGAAGUGUGAUAAUUUACUUGUCAAUUUGGGGGAUCCUGAACGGCCUGUGUGCAAGGUUGCUGAUUUUGGGCUAUCAAGAAUUAAGCACAACACACUUGUUUCCGGUGGUGUCAGAGGAACCCUUCCAUGGAUGGCACCAGAAUUAUUAGAUGGAAACAGUAGCGGGGUCUCUGAGAAGGUUGAUAUUUUCUCAUUUGGCAUUGCAAUGUGGGAGAUCUUGACUGGGGAAGAGCCAUAUGCUAGCAUGCACUGUGGUGCUAUCAUAGGUGGAAUAGUCAAUAAUACACUCAGGCCUCCAAUCCCAAAACGUUGUGAUUCUGAAUGGAAAAGGCUAAUGGAAGAAUGCUGGAGCCCUGAUCCUGCAGCCAGGCCAUCUUUCACAGACAUAACACAUAGAUUUCGCCUUAUGCAAGCGGCUCUGCCGAAGAAGAAACCCUGUCCUGCAACUUGAUGGGAGGCUCUUCUUCUUCUGUGUUCUUUUUUUAAAACUGAAAAUGAAAUGCAUAUGAGAAAGAAAUGUUCAAAGAAAUGUUGUCAGUUAUUUUGAUAGAUUUGUCUGUAUAGAAGCCGUAGUUUAGGUGUCCAAUGUUAGCCAAAAUUGUAUUAUAUGAAAGCUACACGUUUCCUCA